AUGGUUGAAGGAAUUUAUACAAUUGUAAAACAUUUCCCUGAAUAUAAUAAUAUUAUAGAAAAGCACAAACAUACUAAAUUUGAUCAUGAUUUUUCUAGUAAAUGUAAGGGUAUUCUAAAUAAAUUUCCAGGUGAAUUUGGUAUCAGUUAUGUCCCAAUGUGCUUUCAAGCUAUGUCAUAUUUAUAUGAUAUAUUAGUUAGUGAGAAUUCAAUUAGUACAGGACAUGUCUGUAAAUAUUUAUAUUAUUGGAUAUAUCAUAGUCUUAUUAAUGAAAAUACUAAAUCUUAUGCCAAACAAUUAUAUAGAUCAGUACUGAAUGAAUGGGAUUCAUCUUUUAUAUUUAAAGCAUGCAUUAAUUAUCCUGAAAAUAUUUCAGAAAAUGUAUUGAAAAACAUGAAACAUAUAUAUGAUAUGAGAAAUAAGAUUAAUGAUAUAAAAAAUUUUACUACUAAGUCUUGCUUUCGCAAUAUAUGCUUAUGUUUUCAGGAAUGUGCUGAUAUGUAUUCUAAAAAAGUGAAUGAAUGUAUAUCUAAUGAUAAUUCUGAUUUUUGUAGUGCAUUAAAAAAUAUAAAAACUGAACUCCAGGAAUUGAAUUCAAAGCAUAAGUGUCAGAUUUAUAUGCCGGAAUUUGCAUUGUCCUUCCAAAUAAAUAAAAUACGAGUUUCUAUAAUUAUUACAUUUUUAAUAAUGUGCGUAGCAUGCAUAUUUACGUUUAUAGUGUAUAAGUACACCCCAUAUUCUUCAUGGCUUCGCGGUACAAUAAAAACUGUGACAAAUAAGAUGAAAAAUAUAUUUGAAGAAAAAAAUAUAUUGCAUAAUUUUGAAGGUUAUAACAUAGAUUUAGAUGAUAAAAGAUAUUCUAUAUUAUAUUAUUCUCCCUAA